AUGUGGGGUAGAGUUGCCGUAAAGUUCGAGCUCGAGGUGCCGUGCAGUCUUUUUCAAGCGUUUGCCUUAUUUAACAAAGCAAUGGACAUUUUUGCGAUUUAUUCAUUGUUCACGGUGAUAACUUGGACAGAAGGGCAAGAAUUUUCUACCGAUAUUGUUACAUCAGAAGUACUGGAAUCAAAAAAGGAUUUUCCAUGUUAUUCAUUGCCACGUGAAAAUUACACUUGCAGCUCCUGUAUUCAGUUCCAUGAUUCAUGUGCAUGGUGCAGUAAAACGGGAUUUGAUGAUGAAAAUCAACAUCCUCGAUGUGAUAGCGUGGAACGACUUAAGGAACAUGGUUGUCCUGAUUAUGAAAUUGAAAAUCCAAAAACGAUUGUAAGCACUACUCAGAAUGAAGAAUUAACUAAUGCUGGUGAUAUAGAAACGGAAGAAGAAGCCAUUCAGUUAAGACCUCAGCGGGUGUCUGUACGAAUUCGACCAAAAGCCCGUGUUCGUUUCAAUGUGACUUAUCGGCAAGCAGUUGACUAUCCCGUCGAUCUUUAUUAUUUGAUGGAUCUUUCAUAUUCUAUGAAAGAUGAUAAACAGAAAUUAUCUGAAUUAGGCGAUUUACUCGGUAUUUGCUAUUUUUUAUCUAUGUUUUUAAAUGAAGCUGAAAGGAUGCGAGCAAUUACAAAAAAUUUUCGCCUUGGGUUUGGUUCCUUUAUCGAUAAAAAAUUGAUGCCAUUCGUUGAUCCUCGACCAGAAAAACAGCUUUCACCAUGUCCUGAACAGUGCGCUCAACCAUACGGAUUUAAAAAUCAAAUGAGUUUGACCAAAGAUACUAAUCGUUUCUCGAAAGAAGUCGAUGAAGCCGAAAUCUCUGGUAAUUUAGAUGCACCUGAAGGAGGUUUCGAUGCUGUUGUUCAGGCUUUGACUUGCAAUGAUAGCAUUGGUUGGCGAGAACGUGCAAGAAAAAUGAUUGUUUUCUCGACGGAUGCUGGUUUCCAUUACGCUGGUGAUGGACGCAUGGCAGGAGUUGUCGUUCCGAAUGAUGGUCAAUGCCAUCUGGAUGAUAAAGGAUAUUAUACAAAAUCGCUUGAACAAGAUUAUCCUUCAAUCGCGUUACUCCAUCAGAAGAUAAAGGAAAGAAAGGCAAAUUUAAUCUUUGCAGUAACAGAAAAAAAUAAAGAACUCUAUAGACAGGUUUUUUUUUAUUUUAUUCUGUGUAAUAAAUUUCAUUUAUGGCUGAUCAAAUGUUUAUUUUUUGAUAUUCAUUGA